CUGGCUCAGGUACAGGUAACUGGAGGAGCGCAGAGCCUCUGAUUAAAUACGGAGAUAUUAUUCAUACUAGAAACAAUCUGAUGGCAUGUCAGAAGGCAUUCAGUUCAGAGUGGAGGCGGCGACUAGUAAACAGCAAGGCGACGACGUGUGCUACAGACGUGACAGGACAUCGCAGAAGUUUUCUCUGCCAAGAUGUUGAAAAAUUAUUCAAAAUCGACAGGAUCCCAAAAGAUAUCGUUCAGCGAGCAGAAAUCUGCCUACGAACUCAUCCAGUCCCAAAAGUUGUUUAAGUGUUUUUUAGAUCUGAAGAAAGACUGUCAGGCUCAGAUCAAGAAGUUGGAAUUGGAUAAGUCUAUGCUUCUGGACUCACUGCGACGCGAAGAACAAAUGUUUAAGAAACGAAGGAGUAAAUACGAUAAGACAAGCGUGAAAACGCCUGAGAUGUCAAAAUUUAAACGAAUGUCUUCUAAUACGCGGUGCAUAUCGGCACCUGUGAGGGAGAACGCUGUCAAAGAUUUGACUACAUACGCUGCCGGUAAACGACUCAUAAAACACGACACUACCGAGCGAUUUGACAAGGAGUCUGCCUCCAUUAAAAGGGAGCAUACGCUAAGCCCUAUAACAGGUACAGGUGCCUUGCGGACUUCAGAUGAGAGUGAUUACAGCCAAAGUGGAGACGGUCCAAGUCUUGACCACAGUGACACCAGGGACACGAGGAUGUUAUCACGUGAUCUGAAGACGGAUGUCCGGUGUUUACCAGAGACAGACACAUUUUCUAUUCCAAACACACGCGGGUUACUGUCAAGAAGAUCACCAGACGCCAAAUUAGUGCGCAGUUUUACCUGGAGACAUACGAAUGGCAGUAAACAAGUGGUGAGAGAGCAGGUGGAAUCUUUAAAAACCCACCCACAACUCCUGAUAACACCUACACGCACGUCAGGGAAUUGCGCGGCGUUGAAUACUGCUGGAGAUAAUGAGAAAGACAAAGACGUCCUUUCAUUGGUGCGAAAGCACCGAAGAAGUAAAAGCGCCAGCCUGGUAAGCGCGACUAGAACGCCGGAUACACAUUUAACGGCACAGUUGUUACCUGCGCGCGUUCCUCCAAAAAGCGCCCAAGCGUUUCACCACACCCGUCCUGCCCGCGUCCAUGAUAAGAACUGGGGGGCAGCCAUGAGGGAAGAUCUUCUGUUAAAAGUAAAGCUUGAAAACAUAGCACUACGAGAGAAGGUCCAAAACUUUGUUGACAGACAGGCGCAGAGAGUGGCAGACGGGGCUCAGCAACUGGAGGGUGACGACAAAAGGCCCACAGCAAAGAAACCGGCAGACUCAAAACAAGAAACCAAAAAUUUUUCAAGUUUUCUGACUUUCACGUUUGACGACUAAAUGUUUUGAUGAUGUGGAGUAGGAUGACUGGGAAAAACAUUUUAUGUAAGAAAUCUAAUAUUAUUUGUGGUACUUUUAUGGGAAUGAUUGUGGUUAAAGGCCGACUGACGCCAAUAAAACCAAAUUU